GAAGGAAUUGGGACUGGUUGGAGCUCUUACAUUCCUAAUUACAACCCAAGAGACAUAAUAGCAAAUGUUAGGUACUUGUUGAAUGGUGAUGCUAUGGAGCCUAUGGAUCCAUGGUAUAAAUGGUUUAAAGGAACUAUUGAGAAAACUGCUGCAAAGGAAGGAGGGAAUAGCUACACUAUUUGUGGAACUAUAGAGGAAGUCAAUGAGACAACACUAAGGAUAACAUAGCUACCAAUCCGUAGAUGGACACAAGAUUACAAGGAAUUUCUGGAAUCUAUUUCUUCUAGUAAUAAAGAAUGCAAAGAUCCCUUCAUUGAGGAUUUUGAUAUGAAUUGUGAUGACGUAACAGUAGAAUUUGACGUCUUCUUGACCCCUGAGAACUUGAUUUGGGUCACUCAAGAGGGUUUGCUGAAGAAAUUUAAACUGACCACUACAAUUAGCACAACUAAUAUGCACCUAUUUGACCCAAGAGGCAUGAUUAAGAAGUAUGACAACCCGGAGCAUAUUCUUGAAGAUUUUUUUCAUUUAAGACUUGAAUUUUAUGAGAAAAGAACGAAAUUUCUACUGAACAAACGUGAAAUGGAGUUGUUGAAGUUGGAAAAAAAGGUUAGGUUUAUCCUUGCAGUUGUGAAGGGAGAGAUCAUUGUAAGUAAUAGGAAGAGAGCUGAUCUGUUUGUUGAGCUACAAACAAAAGGUUUCACUCCUUUUCCAAAGAAAACUAAAGCUGUUGAGCCAGAAGUUGCUGGUGCAACUGAUGAUAUAGAAGAAACAGAAGUGAAAUCUCCUGCUGACAGCAGUAGUAAUGGGGUACAGUUCAGUGAUUAUGAGUAUCUACUGGCCAUGGCAAUUGGAAACUUGACCAUUGAGAAGGUUAAGGAGCUAUGUGCUGAAAGGGAUAAGCUCAAUAAGGAGGUUGAUGAUUUGAGAAAGGAAACUCCACAGUCCUUUUGGAGGAAAGAUCUUGAUGCUUUGGAGGGGCAACUCGAUGAGCUUGAGAAAAGUGAUGCUCAGUCAGAGGAGUUAAGAAAGAAAAUGAGAGGCAAAGCAAGGGGUGAAGCUGCUAUGAAGUCUACUAGACAAGCACCCAAGAACCCACGGAAGAACAAUAAUAAGAAGGCAAAUAAUGCAGAAUCUGUUGCAGAAGCUGUCUCGUCAUCUAUGGCUGCAAAGGAAAUUGAGAAAGCUCCUGAGGCAGCAAAACCCAAAGGCAGAGCAGGCUCUAGGAAAGCUCCUGCUAAGCCGAAAAAGCAAACUUUAGUCUUGAAUGAUGAUGACGAUGACGACAACGACGAUGUGCUUGAGCUUAAAGAAUGA